UCAUAAAUGUGUGUGCGUACGCGGUCUGUUUGCGAGGCAGUUGCGUGCGAAGAGCUCCACAUGUCGUUCAGAGGAAUCCGCCACCUGAAACACGAGGAAGUGAAAGCUACCCAAUUGGUUAUAAAGCAUCAACAACCACAUCUGCCUCGAGCAUUGCAAACUGAUGAAAACAUCAGUGCAGACGUCUGGUAGACGUUUGCUGUAUUUUCCCGAGGAAUUAUUACCAUUGUCUACUUAGGAAGUACUUUAUCAUCUAUAAUAUACUCGUUUAAUUUGAAUGACCCAUCUAACAUUAUACUGGAAUUAAGUAAUAUUGACAGACCUUCUUGCGCACCUGUUACCUUCACGGAGCGCAGGACGAUGAUACCGCCAGGAGACUGCUUGUAUGCGGGCAGGAAAAGAAGGAAACCCGUUCAAAAGCAGAAACCAGCGACUGUGAGUGAGAAGUCCAACCCAUCCAAGAGGCACCGGGACGCCUGAACGCGGAGCUGGACCGGCUGGCCAGCAUGCUACCUUUUCCCCAGACAUCAUCUCCAAGCUGGAUAAACUGUCCGUGCUGCGCCUCAGUGUCAGCUACCUCCGGGUCAAGAGUUCUUCACAGUUAAUCACGAGAAGCCGUCCAGCAGAAAGCACAUCAGUCCAUCCAGCAACUCUGUCCCCGAGCCCAGGAAAGACAGCCUGCCUAAGUUUAUGGGCAACAGCGUCACGGAGAGCGGACUCCUUCUGGAGUCCCUUACUGGCUUUGCGUUGGUGGUGAGCAGCGAUGGAAUGGUUUUCUUUUCCUCCUCAAACAUCGUUGACUAUUUGGGCUUCCAUCAGACGGACGUGAUGCACCAAAACGUCUUUGAUUAUGUCCAUGUAGACGACCGGCAAGAGUUCAGAAGACAGCUCCACUGGGCCAUGAACCCCAGCCAGCACCACUUAGUCUCAGGAACUGGUGAGGACUUUGUGGUGAGCAGCCUGUUUCAUUCUCAGGAGACGGGGGGAGUCGUUCCUGAGUUCUCCUCUUUUCUCAACCGCUGUUUCAUGUCCCGCGUGCGCUGCCUGCUGGACAGCACCUCUGGCUUCCUGACCAUGCAGAUCCAGGGCCGACUCAAGUUCCUCCAAGGACAGAAGAAGAAGUGGGGCUCGGGGGCCCUGCUACCCCCCCAGCUGGCCCUGUUCUGUGUGGCCGUGCCCCUUCUGCUGCCCUCCAUCACUGAGAUGAAGAUGAACAACAUGAUGAUGAGGGGCAGGCACAAGAGUGGAGGGGGCAUCAUCACUGCACUGGAAUAUGGUGAGAGAGAGGAGCAGUUGAGGAGGCAGGCUGGCAGUGCGGGGGGGAUGGUCGAUGGCGGGGACCCGCUGCUCCUCAACUGCACCAAACUUGGGGGUCCCCAGCAGCGCCGCCACGCCCCCUGGACGCCCCUCUCCAAAGACAGCCUCAAGUACAAGACAGAGGGGGGCUAUUCUGGACAGGACGAGCCCCUCAACUACUGUAAGACCUCCAUGGGCGGUGCCCCCCACCACAAAGGCCCAGGCCUGGACUCCCUGUGGCCCAUGCGGCCUGCCUCGGGGCCCAUCCGGGGGGGGCAAGGUGGCGGCUACACCCCCUCUAAUCGACUCGGGAAGGGUGGGCACUAUGGCAAGCCCUACCGCAUGUCCCCCAGCAUGUGCCACGGAGGAGGGCGAGGUGGUGAAAUCUACGUGCCCAGGAUGUACGAGAGCCUCGAGAGCUCCGGCGAGUUGGACCUGUACUGCGUGGGAGAGGCGGUGAAGAGCGAGUGCUACGGCAACRUCCUGUUGCCUGAGAUGCCCAUCAAGGUGGAGCAGGACUCGGAUUCGGAGAARGGCUGCGACGCGUAUGGCCGUCCGUGGCCCUGCCGGGAGCCCUUGGACCACCGCUACCACAAUGGCAACAGCUAUGUCGACAACAACGGCCUCCAUAUGAAGUCGGAGGCGGAAUACUACGAACAGUACUCGCCGUGCCAGAGGGGCAAGGCGGGCAUCAGCCCCAUCAGCCCGCCCUACAACAACGGCCCCUUCCAGAACUAUAAUAACAUGGGGGGCGGCAGGCCCUUGAAGAGUGUGGUCAAUAAGGACCAGUCCCAGUUCAGUCCCCAGAGGUUGUCCCACUCAGACCCCCUCUGUAGCAGCCAAAGCAUCAACUGCAUCGACGUGUACGCAAGCGGCCCCAUGGAGCACAACAACAAGGGCUACAUGCAGCAGCAGGACAAGUUGGACUACGAGUUUAAAGGUCACGGACCGCGCCAGACCAUCAAGCAGGAGCCCGUGGACUCACCCCAGUGGUCGGACGGCAGCGGACACGACAUGAGCCAUGCCGUGGGACACUCUCAGAGGAACGUUAUGCCCCACCGUGUGAUGAAUGCUGGGCAGCACAAAGCCAACCCUUGUGUUUAUAUGCAAUAGACGUUGAUCCGCCCCAUACUUCCUCAUUCACCAGCAUAACACAUUGGCAGAAGACAUGCAGGGUAUGGCUCAGGUUUAAASACUAGUGUGUUGGAGACAAUCAAAGAAAGGAAUGGGGGGGGGGGUUCUAUCUCGAUUUGUUUUGAUGAAUGGAAUAAAUUGUAGUUAUUUAUCCAAAGCACUUUUGAUAUAGUGAUUCAAAUAUUUUCUAGAGUCACAUUUCUGUUUGUGUUGUGUGUGUAUACCUGCAUUUUCUGGAGGCUUAUACAUGUGUAUAUACAGUGGG